AACUCGUGAGCUUCUAAACGCGGUAUGUCCCCGGAAUAAGCCAGAGAGCUGUGUAUCAAACACCCAUAGUCCGACGAGCGGCAUUCCGGCGCCGAGAAAGAUGUCAGUGCCGCCAACCACUUCCACCGAUUUGGUGGGCCAAGUUCGCGGACGCUGUCAGAACGCCUGCGAUUGUCCUGGUUACUUGCGGCCUUCAGAUGCUUUUUCGUAUUCGCAAUGCCCUCCUGGUUGGUGCAUUACGUGCGGCCAUCCACCAGCGGAUCACGGCGCUAUGGGGCCUCUUCGAGACGCUAGCUGUACAGGCACGUCGCAAGCGCACGUAACAGACCAGCACGCUGAAAGCCGUCGUUUUGGUCCAUUUCCUACGGCCUUCCAGAAAGAGUGUAGUCAAGGUAGCACAGCUAAAGACAUUCAUGCUGUCUCAGGCCAGCAAGCUGGGAGCAGAGCUGGAGAGGACAUCAUCUUGCAGGCAUCUCCGCACCCACCUAUCUUUGUACCUGCCGCAGUGCUUGGGCCUCCCCCAACUUAUCUCCCAGACUUAUGUUAUUCCUCACUUGGUCCUCACACCCAAUCGGUGCAGCCUGUUUGCAGUAUGUCAGCUGUGAAGGAACCGCGGGAGCCGACGAUCGUUUUGGACGAGAACCGUUUUUAUACCCACAACGUACGGGAGAGUGUGUGUGUGUGGGGAGGGGGGGGGUGAAAAAGCGAAAAGUAAAGGUUAUGCG